AUGCUCGAGGCCGACGAGGGCCAUAAGCUUUGGGGGGGGAAGCGUGGGUGGAAUGCACAAGAGGUAGCCAGUUUUAUCUACUCUACAUCAAUUUUAAGGCUAUUUGCCGCCAACACCUCCCUCAGGCCUAUAGAGAUCAAUAGCCAAGAUCAACAAGCGAUUCAGCAUCGGGAUAGAGACUUGGUAAAAGAAUUCUCCAGUAAGGUGGGGGUUCAUGUGAGCUUGUGGAGCGUAAAUACCCCCGUUCCUCGCGGCAAGGUAGUCUUGAAGGUAGCCAUUAAGAUAGAUACUAUGAAUCGAUGGAUGAGCGAUUUUAUCGUUCAAUUUCCAGGAUCUGCAGGGAUUUGGAGUUCUCUCCCCGGUGUGGGGAAGCCUGAAUUUCAAAUCCAUCGAGCAUUGCCUGAUUGGUUGGGCAGAAAGGAAUUUACGCUAGCAGACGCUUGGGAAACUUCUGGAAAACAUCUAGCGACAAAUACCAGGAUCCAGGGCUGCAGGAACGGGAUAAACGGAGAAUAA